AUGCGUCUGUAUAUUUCGCUGAUGCUUCACAGACUCUGGAAACAGGAGACGUUGUACGAUGUUGCGGAGCGUUUUCAUGUAUCACGAGGUUGGCUGCAAAAUGCACUACAAGCGACAUACUCACAAGCCUCGUCCAUAAUCCGUUUUGCAGAGGUACUGCUACGUGAUCAGUUUGCGGAAAAAAUCGAAGAAUUAGAACAAAUGGGUAUCAAUGCAAACGAAGUUUUAGCUAAAUUCAUCACAGACUACUGA